AGUGUUUGAGCCCUAAAUUAUUUCAGCAAAAGGAAUCCUGAAUUCCUAGUAAAAUCCAGAAAUCAUCAUCAACCAGAAAGAAAUCAGAAGGAGAAAAGCAGUGCCAAACAAGAACGAUGUCGGAUGCGUACGAGAGAGUGAAAGGAGGUAGACUAACCUUCAAAGGAGGAAGCUUAGCCACUCGCAAAUCCAUCGACAAAGGCAAGAAGAAGCACAAGAAGAAAAAGAACGCCGACGACGAAUCUCAGCCUUCCCUCGACGCCGCUGCCUCUGCCGUUGAAGGCUCGGAGUCUGGAGGAGAUGUGUACACCAUCGAUGCAGCUAAAAAGAUGAAGUACGAGGAGCUGUUCCCUGUGGAGGCUAAGAAGUUCGGUUACGAUCCCCAAAAUCCUCAAGCCAAAUCCGUCGAACAAGCCCUCGAUGAUCGCGUUAAGAAGAAAGCUGAUCGUUACUGUAAAUGAGCUUCACUGUUGUUAACAAUUAAAAUUCAUCCGUUGAAUAUGUGCAUUGUCCUGUCUUUUGCACUGGUUGAUAUCAUUCUUUGAUUCUAUCAGCUAAACAAAGUUAAUGGAUUGCUUCAAUUGCUUUCAUCCAAGAUUUCAGAAAGUGGUAAGUAGUUUUCCUAUGUGCUCUUGCACUGGUUGGUACAGUUUUUGUAAGACAUUGAUUUGUAAGAGGACUCUUUGAUUCUAUUAGCUAAACAAAGGUAAUGGAUUGCUUCAAUUGCUUUCAUCUGAGAUUUCAGAAACUGCUAACUAGACUCCUGGUUUUCCAUGUGUGCCUGAUAUUCACGAUGACCAUGUCCAUGACCAAGCUCUUGCUUGUACCGUUGUAGAUUCAUCUGUUGAACAUAUGCUCUGUCCUGUGUCUUGCAGUAAAUGAUACAGUUUUUUGUAACAUACAAAUAUGUCAGACUCUUUGAUUCUAUCAGCUAAACAAAGUUAAUGGAUUGCUUCAAUUGCAUUC